CAAGAGGCAACAUGUCUGGCAGACCGCUAAAGCUCGGAAAUGUGGUACAUCCCUGAAAAGUCCAGAAGUGAUAGUAGGGUAUAAACUAUGUUCUUAUCAUUCAUUUACAAACACAGCUGGUUGUUCAUCCAUUGAAAUUGCAGCUGGGUCAGCUGUGUCUCUACACGGAGGACGUGGAACUGGGUACUGAAGCGUAUAGAAAGAACAAGCCUCACCAUCUGAAUAUGGUGUGGCCUGUGAACCAACGGAUGAUUGAUACCAUCAAAGCUUACGUCCUGCCAAUUGUGGAUGUGGUGACGCAGCGACGUCUUAAAGAUGACUGUCAGGGAUGUGCCAUACAACACCCUAGUCAGAGGCGUCAUGAAUGUCUGCAGGACCCCCCUCUUUAUCACUUCUACAACAAUUUCGAAGACCUGGUCAUGAAGCUGUGGACCCCCUCCUUCCUGUCUAAUCUGAUGUGUCAACUAGGGAAGCGGGGCAUGAAACCUCACGAGUCCAGAGUAUGCGGUAUGGCCGAAUGUAUUCUCAAUGAGCUAAAGGAGGCGCCGCAUAUUGCUGAAAGGAUCUUCGAAGAGCUGGAGACUCUGGGUAAAACCGUUCCUGACAUCGAAGAGCUAGGUUGCACCGCUGUGCGUAUCUGGACUGUGGCCAGAGAAAGGGUUCUGAAGCACGACGAAAAUGUUGCUCAGUAUUGCAAACUCCACAGUGCAGAGGUUUCGGAUAAAGAAAAUUCACCACCUGUUCUGGAAAUUGUGCAUGAGGAGGAGGUGGAGGUGGAGGAGGGGGAGAUCUCCACCCAGGACGUUGUUGGUACCCUGGAGUAUUAAACAUGUGUUACUGUCUUCCAUUUUACACUUGGCUUUUAGCCAGCUCGCUGUGGGACGUUUAAUUCGCCUAUUGAAAAUGUUUUUAGCCCAGGAAACGAAUGACAGCGCAGUGUACUCUGCCGGUCACUGUUCUGAGUCAGACUCGGCUAAUGUGAAGCGUCUCAGGCUUUUGCUGGCCGAAACGAGACAUCACUUGGAGUCAGAAAAGUGGAGGGGGCAUGUGUCAAAUAUGGCGGAGAGGCAGGGUGUUGUUUUGGAGAGAGCCUUUGAUGAAUUACUGGACCAUUUAACCAAUUUCAACCAAGGGCAUCUGUUGUGUUUAUAUGUCUUAAUUGUAGAUGUGACCCGGGCCCAAUUAAAAUCAGGGGGUGCUACCUCUGAUGAUGUGGAUAAACGGCUUGAGCAUAUUCAUGCCUAUCUGAUUAAGAACCAUGGGGCCCAAGGUUUAUUUAUACAAUUACCUGGUUCUUUAAUGUUUUGGUUCUAGCUGCUGCUUUUUAAAAUGAUUACGUUUUCAGUUUUUACUCUUUAACUACUAUUAAAUGACUAUGUUUUAAAACCACAUAGGCUAUAUGCUUGUAUCUAUACUUAAAUGUUUUAAUAUUCUGGCUUAUAGCCUAUACAGUAAAUAUUGUAUAUGUAAUGUGUAUAUAACCCUGUAUCUUUUUU